AGUACUGCGUACUACCAGUGGUAUCAGGAAGGUGAGUUGGUGCAUUUUUGCCGGUUUUUGCGAAACGUGAGUGUGUGCACGAAGAGUUUAGUCGGUAGUUUGUGUCGGUAUUUUCUUCGAAGUAACAUAGUCGAGAGCAAAAGACAAAAAGAGCAUCGACAAAGCCGGGUUGACACCGGGUUUGAUGCGUGUUGCAUGAGCGCUCGGUGAGAGAAGGUCUCGGUGACGGUAGCUGAUAACCCGAUAGCCGAUAGAAUUCGAUUGUUCAAUCUGUCGUUUAACGACGACGACCAACGAGGUCUCAUCGCGCGCGCAAGAGAGAAAGAGAGACCAUGACGAUGGAUAAAAGCGAAGUCAUAAAAAAUCUGCGAUCAUGUUUGAUAUCGUGCAAAGGCGGUAUUAAAUUAACCAAUUUAAGAGAUGAUUAUCUCACAGUAGUGGGAGAAGCACUACCUUUUAGACAAUUCGGAUAUUCUUCCGUGGAAGACUUUGUACGAAAUAUAUCAGAAGUUUUGGUGACUAACAAAAAUGGAGAAUUAUACGUGGAAGCUAAGCCGUCCGAUACAACAGCGCAUCUUACAAAAUUAAUAGCCCGACAGAAAUCACGAAAAGUGAAACGACCCAAGAAAGUUAAUAAAGGAUUCUUUCCUAGAAGAACUAACUUUAAUAGCUCUCAACGCAUACGUGCUAAGAGCAAUUAUGCUGAUUCUUCUAGCUCCUUUAUUAGAUCAGCUUCGAACAAGAGUAAUUCACACACUAAUUAUUCAUCUACUGAUUUAUUCAGACCACCACCACUUAUGCAAACCAUAAUGCAUCCACUGCCCAAUUACAACAAACCAAGCUUUAGUUCUGGUACACCACCAGUGGCCUCUAUCUCCACUAAAAGACUGAAUGACAAAAUGACAAAUCUUAAUAUAACAACAGCAAACCAAAGCAUUAAUCAUAAUCAGAAUAAUGAAAAUUUAAAACCUAAAGUAUUAAUUGACAAAUCAGCAACUGUGAUACCUGUACAAUCAAAAAAGACUGCGGAACAGAAACCUUCUAAAUUAAGUGAAAGGCUGAAAAUUACUCUUCCUAACUCAAGUUCUUCUCCUGUAACUUUGUCACCAUCAAUUGAUAAUUAUAGCAAUAAUACUUCUUCAAUCUAUAUUCCACCUACUUCUAAUGUUUUGAAGACCAUAUCGAAAUCGAAACCUCUCGAUCCUCGGCAAGAACUGGAAUCAUAUGCCAGAGAAUUGAAUUUAUCAACCCCAGUUUAUUGGAUAUCCUCGAACAAAGAGAAACACUCGGCUAAGAUCACUGUUUAUGCCGGAGUGAGAGUUGGCACCCAAACGUUCUCUACAUAUCCGGAACCUGCGGAAUCUGAAGAAGAAGCUAAAAAGUCCGCGGCGCGAAUAGCUCUAACAAGUUUCUCCAAGGAAUCCUUAAACUUGAGAGUGACGACGACAGUCGACAUGAAAUUAGUAAAGGAACGUAUCUUACAAAUCGUGAACCAACACACAGCAGGAGUUUUCAUGCAUCAAUUACCUGUUUAUUAUAACAAACAAUAUGGAGAAGCAUUACCCGAGGAUUGGCAGACGAUUGUCAAGGAAUCUGCGGAGAUAAACAAAGAGAAAGGUGCUGGCGAUUGGACGAUACUUUGUCAAUGUUCUUCAACUUCAAAAUUCUCAGAAAGUAACUCGAUGUCAUCACAUAAUGCUCCUGAUCAUUCAAUAUCUUUUCCGUCUGACGAAAAGAUACAUUUGAAACCGAUUGGACCCGUCGUACCUGGUCAGUUGACAUUGCCUCACGAUGCUAUAUGGGAAGUAUACACCGCUUGCGUCAUAAACACUACUGAAGUUUGGGUCAGAUUCGGCGAUGAUAAUGAGAAGUUUGUUAAUAUGAUGAACAACAUGAGAAAAUAUUAUAAUAAAGUGAAAGAAGGUGUCUCGGAAUGCGUUGUUGGUGAUUUCUACGCUCUGCUCGAAGACGAUAGUUGGCACAGAGUUCAAUGCAUAAAUUUUGAUUCCGAAACCGAAAUGGCUGAAGUUCGGUUUAUUGACGUAGGAUAUGAGGAAGUUUAUAAAUCCAAUUUGCUUUAUCCUUUAGAAAAGGAAUUCUGUGCUCUUCCUAUUCAAGCGAUGAGAGUAUCUCUUCAUGAAUUGGAAGAGUUUUGCGAUUGUGCCCAGGUAGUUGCGGAGGUCGAAAAUUAUCUUCUAGUCGAACAAAUGUUUGUUGUUAAAGUACAUAGUAUGGACUUCGACAACUCGUACGCAACAGUAACUUUUUAUGACACUAGCGACGAUACUGUCGAUAUUAACAUAAACGAACUUAUAUUCGACAAGUUAUUAAAUGACAUUGACGUUGCGAGCAAAAUACACCCGGGAAAAUUAAUUGAAUUAUAUGUUACGCAUUUAUACGAGGAUGGAAAGAUAUUUGCACAGCUAAAUACGCUCGCUAAAAUUCUUUUAGACGAAGCCAUAUCGCAAAUAUCCAAAAGCGAUGCGUUCGUUAAAACAAUCUCUUUUACGAAAACAUACCUUGUGAAAUGGUGCCAGAAAUGGCACAGAGUGAGAGUAAUAGACAUUCCAAAUAACGAUGACGUAAAAAUAUUUUUUAUUGACCACGGUCAAGUUAUUAUAACAUCGAAACAAUGUUUGUUGAACAGGUCUUCAAAGGCUCUUGAACGUAUUCCUCCACAAGCAGUGCAAAUUUUUCUGCAUAACGUCGAUACUGAAUCGCACAGAGGACAGUUUGUUGAAAGAUUUCGCGAGUUGGUUUUGGAUGAAGACCUUCUUCUCGCAAAGGUUGUCAAAGUCAGCGCGACCGGAGUCCCGAUAGUAGAAAUUUUUAAACGUAUUGGACCUAGCAAUAUGUUAGCCUCUAUAAAUACAUCAUUGACUUUGGGCAACGAACUGUCAAAAGUUAACGACGAUUUAGUUAACAAUAACGUCAAAGUCAAGAAACGCUUAGAACGCAAGGUUUCUCGUGUUCUCGAAUCAGUCGGUAAUUUACAACCACCCACAAUUUCUGAUAUUCGUAAAUACUUCGACGUUCACGUGAUUUUAGUCGCGCAUCCAGGACAUUUCAUUGUUCAACCGCUAAACGAUGCAAGCCACUUGGAGGCAAUGAUAAUCAAUCUGCAAAAGAGUUGCAACUCAUACAACGGUCCACCGGCAGAAUCUGUUGGCAAAGGCAAACUUUACGCGGGAAAAUUCAAGGAUCAAUGGCGCAGAGUAUACGUUACCAAUAUCAUCAGCGAUAAUGAAGUAUCUGUGUAUUUUUGCGACUUCGGAGAUGUGACGAUACUGCCACGCGACAGUUUACAGCCUUUAAAAAGCGAAUUCUUGAAAUUGCCGUAUCAAGCAAUAAAAGCUAAACUUGUCGGAAUUGAACCAAUAAAUAGCGAUUGGUCGGUGGAAGACUCACUUAGAUUUAAAGACUUGGUGCUCAACAAAAAUUUUGUUUCGGUUGUUGUCGAAUCAUCGUCUGACCAUUACUCACCGGCUAACGGCGUUGUACUCGGUCUACAGUUAAUCGACGUUAAUACCCCAGAGGAUAUAUACAUCGAUAGAUUGUUAGUAGAAGAAAAACGUGCCAAAUACACCGAAGGAUACCCGUCUGCCUAUCCCCAUCCGUAUAAUUAACUGGCUAAUUAAUAGGUGAAGUACAUUUUUUUUUUUUUUUUUUUUAAUUUUCUUAGCUUUUUAUCUUUUCAUAGAAUAAUGUGUAUUGAUAAAUCUGAAAAAUAUCAAAUUUUGUGUUUCUAUACAAUAUGAUAAUGCAAUACAUGUUAUAAAGGAUAACGCAUACAGGCACAUCCCGGAGUUCGUUACCUUUGGUUUCAGAAAAAAUACUUAUAAGUCGAAGCGCUGUGUUAAAUUCAGAAAACAAUACGGUUAGGACUGAGAUAAAAACAGAUUUUUAGUAAGUUCUGAUAAUGCAUUCGCGCGUGAUGUUGUAUCAAUACUGUCUGACUAAUGCCUUAACAUAUAAAGAUAUAAUUUUUUUGUAUAAGAAAGCAUUAUUGGAACUUGGUGUAUAAAAACUGAUUGAGUGAGGUGGCAAGAUAGCAACAGUUAUUACAACUCAUUGCGUGAUAGCGCCUUGGCGUUGAAGAGACGUAACUCCGAAAGCAAAUGAUUGUAAUUCGGGACGAAGAGCGAUUCUAUAAUAUACGUAAGCGCAAAGCGUCAUCAAGUCGGGAUAUGCCUGUAAAUGUUUACAAAGUUUAGCAUAACAUUUUUGUUUGUAAUCAUAUUUCAAUGUUUUUCCAAAUUUUUUAAUAUUGGACGGCAAAACGAAAAUUUAAGGCAAAAUUAGUAGAGGUUUAUUUUCAUAUUUCUAUUUGCAAUUAUUUAUCUACGUUAACAUUUAUUAGAAACUUUAUUCUUUAUACAUUUGUUAGUAUUACAGAAAUGUGUGUUACUGUUAUAUUGCAACAUACAUAAAGUUACAUUAUUAGUUACGAAGAGGCCAAAUUUUGCGAUAUAAAUAAUAACUUAUAUUUUUUUGGAAGCGUUAAGUAUUUUUAUUAGCAAUGUUACUUUUUAGUUCCUUGUUCUGUACUUUUACAGAACUAUCUCAAACGUACUAUAUAACAUUGUGUAUGUAUAUAUAUAUGUGUGUGAUGUUUAAUAUAUAUAUAUAUAUAUACAUAUA